ACAUGCUACGAGUCGGAUGACGCAGACUUUUAUCAGCUGGCAACGUUCUUCCUGUACUACUUUCUGUGUGCUACAAUGUUUAUUAGCCGUAGGUGACCAGAAAGAAUCUGUAUAUCAGUAAUAAAUACGAAAGUAACGUGAGCUGUCUUGUUGAUUCUAGAAAAUGGAUUAUAGAGAGAGUGAUAAUCGGAGAGCGAUGGUAAAAGAAGAGGCAAAAAAGGAACUGUUAACGGCAACACAUCCAGGGCAGGUUUUAGAAAAUGAACCAGAUUCAUGGAUUUGGAGACAAGCUCCAUCUUUAAAGAGGAAUCCGAUGGUGUGCAGCUGGGAUUUGGCAGAUGCCCAACAGAAACUCUGUUGCUUAGAGCUGCAUAGCUCAGAGUCUGUGGAACAAGAACAUGCAAAAGCACAGAUGGAAUGUUUGGAACUGAAACAGGAAGAAGAAGAUUGGCUGCAUAAAGAAGAAACUCUCUGGCAGCAAGAAAUGAAUCCGGAGGAAGUCUGUUCUAACAAGGAUGUGUUUAAUAAGAGCGUCAUCAACACUAUCAAACGAGGAAGUGUAGAAGAUGAGGAUGGAAACAAAACAUUUAUUCAGAAGUACGAACAACAGAUACAGCAUUUUGGUAUGCUCAGCCGAUGGGAUGACAGUCUAAGAUUUCUGUCUGAAUUUCCAGACUUGAUCUGUGAAGAAACAGCGAGUUAUCUUGCACAGUGGUGUUUACAGCUGGAAUGUGAACAGAAGACAGCACUGAUGAAUCAUGUCGCUCACCAGGUGAUAGUAAUGCAGUUAAUUAUCGAAAUGGCCAGAAGUUGUGGUGAGAGCCCAAGGAGUUGCUUCAGAACAUUCUUCCAGAAGGCCAAAACAGGAGCUGGCUAUACAGAAGCAUUCAAAUGUGAGCUAGAGGCCUUCAGAGCUAAAAUAAAACAGCUUUCAAGAAAAAGUAGUAGUGAUUGCAAUACAGCACAUAUACUAGAAUGCGCAUCAAAAGUGGAUGACUAUAACCAGCAGCAUGAUUUAGCAGCAGCUUCCCUUUGUAUGCGCAGUAUGGAAGGAAUCCAAGAUGAAAUUAAUGAGGAACCUUGCAUGGAUAUGCUUUAAUUUCAGUGCACGGUGUCUUACAAGGCCCUGGAAUAUUGCAAAACAGACUUUGAAGCUAGCUAUUUUUUAUGAUGAUGCUGCAGAUGUUGAGAAACUUUCUGAUAUAUGAAACACAUGUAGUUUCUGAGGUUUCAAAAAAGGUGCAAUUUUAAAAUGGUUAGGUAUAAGUAAUGUGUUAAACACUUCACUCAGAAUUCAGUAUGGAUUUAUUUAAAGUAGUUUUCAUUAUUUGUUUCGCAGUUGCUGAAUGAUUUUUUUAACUUGAAAAUAUUUUAGCUAUAGAGCCAUGAAGCAUUUGACAAGUACUGCAUGUGUUAAUAUGGAUCACUUUACAAAGAAUGUUUGAUAUGCACAAAACAUGUUUUAUUUUGUUAACCAGUUGUCUGGAAUUCAAUUUGCUGCAUUUAUUCUUGCAUUUUUGUUGAUUACUUUAAUCUGAAUGAAUCAUGUGAAACACAGGCACACCAGUAUGGUUACUUGGAUUUCAAAAUCCAGUUUUGUAUUAAAGUAAAUUAUACUGUGCCAUGGAUAUAUUAUUGUUGAACUAUCUGAUCAGAGGCAGUCACAUCUACUGACCCUGGUCUUCUCUAGUGGAAUUAAGCAAACUUGAAAAUUGAAAACUAUUAUAAUUGCUGUAUCAUUCAUUUCAGCACCACGGCAGUUUAAAUCAUACUCAACAAACUGGCUUAGCGUGAGGACCUUACAAGCUAUCUGAGCUAGAUGUCCUUUUUAUUCAGGGGUGCCCAAGAUGAUAAAAACAAUAUGCACUUUUAGAAUUAUUAUUAAGCUUGGCCAAAAUGAUUUGUCACAAUUGAUGUUACAGUUUUAAGUGCCAGCAUUUGUAUUCCUUCAGGCAGUCAUGUCUGCAUGUUUGUAUGUAGUCUUUUAGGGUGUGGGUGUGCAUAUGGGCAUGGAUGUGUGCGCGCAAAUAUUUGCAGGUGUGUUUUUUCCUUCCACUUCAUGAUGGUUAAAUAAUUCUAAGACUAAAAAUGCUAUAGUUCUGCUUUUAUGAAGGAGUAACUUGUUACUUAUACUAGUGCUUUCUUGCAUUGUGUCAGUUAGCAAAAAGAAUAAUGUUAAUUAGCCAAAGGCUUAAACAUUUGAUCACCUCUCCAUGUUUUAAUCUUGCUUUAAUAAUCAUGCUUACAGAGAUUGUAAUUUAAGUGAGCUCUGAGCAAAUAUUUCAUGAAACUAAGUAUUGAACACAUAUUGUGGUUGUUGGAUAAUAAAGGGUACAUUUCUGAAAGA